UAGGACGCAAGGAAAGGACCCAAGUGAGGGAAACGGGGAUGACAUUAAGAGACUUGGGAUGUACCCAAAGAGAGCUGGUCGUCGCCCAACAAAGAAUACACGCACAGGGAGGUUUCCAGCUGCCGACGCCCCCCUUGCCCCUCGAGUCUCUGGGUCUGAGAGCGAUCCUGUACUCGUACUGGGCCACGUGGUCCUCUUGGAGACACUACCAACCUCUGGACCACAUCAGGGAAUACUUUGGAGAGAAGAUAGCGCUGUACUUUGCCUGGCUCGGCUGGGAGGGUAGCCAGUAUUUCAGGAUCUGUGUUGAACCUGUUGGUCAUCCUCAUGUUGUCGAAGGUUUACACCUCACUGGCUCACCAACUCACCCACUGGGGUAUCGGGGUUUCCGGGAUGCAAGCGGUGAUUACCUCCCAGAAUACUUCCAUCUUCUCGCCAUCCGACUGACGUUUGUCAUCGUGUUUGAGCAUGUAGUCUUCUCCAUCGGCCGUCUGAUCGACCUGAUGGUCCCUGACGUCCCCAAGGAGGUGGAGCUGAAAAUAAAGAAGGAGCACUACAUGGCCAAACAGGCUCUGGCUGAGAACCAGUCUUUGGGGAAAACCAUGAUUCCUGGAGAGAAGGAGGUCCUGUAUAGCUGUCCUGUAUCCAGACCCUCAGAACCACCGCAAAGAGACUCCCCUCCACCAGACCUGAAAGAGAAUCCGGAAGAAACCAACACACCAGGCAGCUGCUAAAAAUACGUCAACAUCAUCUAAACCCAGCUUCUCCUUCUGAUCAACCUCUCUGACACGGAUCUACAACAGCCCUCUGAGACCUCCACAAGAUCUAAAAGAACCCUUACAGGUCCAGGUCUGCAAGACUCCUUCUAGAUAUCUGGACGAACUACCAGACCUGCUACACCUCUGUUGGACCUUUUUAAGAUCUAUGAUCAUCUAAGAGUUGUGGACCUGGACACAAUCCUGCUGCAUGUUAAAAUACAGACUAUAAAUCAGACUAUAAAGUAUCACCUAUUCUGUGAUUACAAAAUUCACAUGAAAGACAGAUUCAACAGAAAUCCUUCACCACCAGAGUGAUUGAUUUUAUUAUGUACUAGUAUAAACAGCUCAUGUUGAGGAAACAUAUCUUAAAUCAUCUACAAUAUCUAUAAAUCGAUCAUUAUCUCUUUUGUUUCUUCUCGUUAACACGACCUCCAGGAUUGUUAUUAAUUUAUUAAUAAUCUUAAAUAAUGGGUGUAAGAGCAGUGAUUGAAACUAUUUGUUGCAUUUUACUUUAUGUUAACAGUAAUUAUUAUUAUUAGAAUUUUUAGAUUAGUUUAAAUCAAUCCUCGUAGUUUCUUUUGUCUACAUUGUUGUUUAUUCAUCAUGGACUGUUAUUGUUUACACACAUUAAAUAUUUUUCUGUAUCCACUUUUGUAUAAAACUUUUCUUCUUCUUAAGUUUUUACUACAAACCAAUGUUAAAGGUGAAUGCCACCACCUACUGGAGUCUACCGGCAUGUGUAGCAUCAUGACUUUAUAAAGACGUAAUAUUCUCGAUAUUGUUUCAUUUCAAUAUGUCAAUAAAACCAU